AUGCCCGUGGCCGAAGAAGUUCAAGCUUGUCCGCAAUUCAUCGGUAGACAUCCACCGGACACGCCGUCAGCAACACAGCAGCAGCAGCAGCAGCGGCAGCAGCAGCAACAUCAACGGCAGUGGCGGCAGGGCAGGGGCACUCCGCCGGGAGUGUCCGUGGUCCAGGCGAAUGCCAGGAUGCCGGUAUCGAACGAAAAUGUCGAGAAGGGAAGGGAGCGACGUAUCGCCGACGGCGAGAUCAAGAAAGAGCGCGUCUCGUACUACCGCGAUAACUGGCGUGAUUCCAAUGGACAAAGCGAGCAGGGUGGCAAGAAGGGUGAAAUAGAGGCGCCGACACAACACCCGAAAACGAAUCCAGCCAUUCUCGAAAUAGGCACCUGGAAUUCCGGUCCUCGCCGGGGCUCUCGCGGAUCUGGGAUGGCCUUCUGGGAGCAAAAGCGGCAAGAGCAGCAGGAACAGCAGCAGCAACAGCAGCAGCAGCAACAGCGAUAUCGGAUCAAACUCAGUUAA